AAUACAAGAGUCAGAAGAAGACAUCCACAGUGACAGAACAUCAACUGUCAGCUUCCUUUACAAGACAAACAUGACCAGUGAGGAUAUUUUACUCUCUGACUCCUCACAGCUGAGGAUCGUACUCAUCGGGAAGGUUGGAGCUGGGAAGACUUCGGUCAUGAACACCUUCCUGAGGAGCUCCGAGGAAAAUGAGAAACCUGUUUCUUGCGGGACAGAACCACAUCAAGUCCAGAUCGCAGGACGAUCUGUGGUCCUUGUCGACACUCCUGGUCUGUGCAGCACAGAACAAACAGAUGAGGAGGUGAUGAAGGAGAUCGAGCGUCGUGUCUCCCUCGCUGUUCCUGGACCUCAUGUGUUCCUGUUUGUCCUCAACUGUCUGGACAGAUUUACAGAAGAAGAACAGGACAUGGUGAAGAUGAUCAAGACGACGUUUGGAGAACACGUUACAGAUUACACUGUGGUUCUGUUCACGUGUGGAGACGAACUGAAGAGAGAUGGAAAACUGAUAGAAGACUUCAUUAAGGACAGCAGAGCUCUCAGAGGCUUUGUUGGUGAAUGUAAAGGGGGACACCAUGUGUUUGAUAACAGAAACCAGGAUCCAUCUCAAGUCACAGAGCUGCUGCAGAAGAUCAGCAUCAUGGUUCAGACUAACGGAGGAAAGUGCUACACUGCUGACAGCAAAGACAAAGGUGCCAGACUUAAAAAGAGAAUCGCUGUUACAACAGGCAGCUCUGCGGUGGCUGGAGCGGCUGUUGGAGGGUUAGUGUCGCACUUUGUUGGGAGCCCGUUGGGAGCUGCAUUAGGUGCUACAGCUGGAGGAGUAGUUGGAGCUACAGUAGGAGGUGCAGGGAUACUUGCAGUGGAACACGCUAAACAUCAAUGUAUGAUACAGUAAACUUACAUAAUUCACAUCAUGUAUCAAUCAAGGAGAUAAUAAAUUAGCACGGAGCUGAUAUUCAGGAUGACCAAAUGAACAGUAGCAUGUCAGAAAAAGGGAAAUUAAUUGAAAUUGCUGUACUCAAAACACUAAAGUCACUUAAGUUUCCUUAACAGAAGCCAGGAUUGUAUUCACAGUUGCUGCUGACACGCCUGCUGUCAUAAUGCUGAUAAAGAGAGCGCAGAUCAGCGGACGGCCUCCUCUCAUCGCCCGACAUAAACCACCGCAGAUCAAUAACAUCCCAAAGUAUCAGAAGACGCAACGCAACUCCUGGUCCAAGCUCUGGUCGUCUCCCUCCUGGACUCUCAGCCUCUGAGACUGAACCACUGCAGUGUAUCCAGAACGCUGCAGCGCCUCGUUUACAAUCCACCCAAAUUCUCCCAUGUGACCCGCCUCCUCCGUGACCUCCACUGACUUCCUGUUGUGGCCCGCGUCUGAUUCCAGAUGAUGGUUCUGGACUUCAAGUCCGUCAACAGAACUGCACCGUCUUCCUCCAAACCCUGGUCAGACCACACGGCCCAGAGAGCACUGCACUCUUCUACAUCAGCGGGCCGGCUGGUACCACCAUCGCUGAGAGCAAACAGAGCUGCUCAGAGAAGUCACCACUCUUCUCUGUUCUGGAGCCUCAGAGGAGGAACCGAGUCCAGACCAGCGUCAGGACAGCAGAGUCUCUGUGUCUGCAGCAGGAGACUCAGGACUCACCUGUUCAGACUUCACCUGGACCUGCAGAGCAUCACUGCCUCCCAACAGCCCCAAAAAUACAAAAAUAACUGUAUCAUAUCAUAUGCUGUCAUAUCAUCACACUUCUAUCACAGCAUUUAUGUACUUAAAGUAUUUUUGACAAACAGCAGUUAUGAUCCUCAGAUGACGGCUCGACAAUUGUUUCUUUAUCUCUUUUUGCUCCAUAGACGGUGAUGUCGUGUUUCUCUCUUGUGACAAAUGUACUUAUUGUAAGUCACUUUCGACAAAAGCGUCUGCUAUAUGUCCUAAAUGUAAAUGUAAGGUGACUUCUUUAAUUCAAAGCUCACAGCAACAUGUAUACAAAGGUUAAUGGUGAGAAAGAACGAGAGACACGAGCGACUUUCACACUGAACUAAAUCAGACUGCAGUGCUGAAACUGACAUCAUGUGACUCUGAUCCACGACGUGUUCACAAUAUAUACAAAAGAUUCAUUUCUAUGUAUUUUCACAUCAAAAUACACUCAGACUAAAUGUCACGUGUGCUUCUGUUAAUUUGAACAAACUUAUUUGAAUCAACAAUAUCACUCAGCUGUCAAUCAAGCUUCCUCUUAAAGCAGCUAGCAGGUGCUGAUAACUCAUGUCAGGAAGAUGCUGCAGGAGAGUUUCACACAGACAGAAAAUCUAUCUGUGGAUUUAAGUGAGACUGGAUCAUGAUUCAUGGAGAAAUGUUUUCUGGUUUAACCCUUUUACAGAGCGUCCUGAUGAACAGACGGCUACAGUUGUUGCUGAAGUCACUGCUAACAGAAGCUAACUGUACUGGACUCUAGUUCAGUAGUUCAAAUUCUACGCUGACACUCCUUCAAACACCAACAAGUAUUCUGGAGUCCCUCCCUUCCUGACUUUUACAGGAACAUGUGAUGCCAAAGCAAACGGUUUUAGUGGCAGUAUUCAGACAGUUUAACAUGUCAGGGAAAUAUCUGAUAAUGCUAAGCUAACUGAUGUUAUUUAGGUACUCUUUUAGUCAAAUGUAAUGUUAGCAUGGAACUUUAUAGCUUGAGCUUUUUUGUGUCUUUGAGUAAAUGUAGUUUAGACUGAAUCAUCAUCACACAGAAGUCAUGGCAGCUAUGUUGACUGAGGGAUGGUAGACGUGCAGAUUCUCUACCUGAUGCUCUCAGACACACCUGCUGACAGUCAGUCAGUGGCUCUCACAUCAUUAUUAGACUUGAGCAUGAGCGCCCCCUGGUGUCUGUGUGCACUCUGUG